AAAGUUGUCCCGAUGAAGCUGAUAUUGAUCUACUGGUUCAUACAAAUAUAACGAAACAGAACAAAACACCUACAACCUCAGUGGUAAUGUUUUUACAAUCAUUGUAUUUUUCAUUCUAGGGUUGUAUUAAUCGUUUUAUGUAAAUAGCAUAUAACCAUUACAAUUCUUUCAGGGUAAACAUGGUGACGGUGGCAAGAACAUGCCGACCAAUACAAACGUCACUCCUAAAGCAACACCACACAUGGAUCCUGACGCGCCGAUAUUUGAUGCGACACCGCAAAUCAAGUCUACUGGCGGCGUACAACAAGUGGCAGAAACAGACUUGCCUGACAGUGGUCCAUGCUUUGAUCAGACUCCAUCUGAACAUGUUUAUGUUGAAACCGAUCCAGCUACAAACACUCCACAGGUUGGCCAGGCUUCUCUUGAUUCGGAGAUGCAAACUGUGUUAGCUCUACGCGAAUAUUUGUGUGGUCUGCAAUCUGACACCGGCAGGACCAUAAUAGAUUAUGGUGAAUAUUCAGCGACAUGUUCUGACAUAUAUGAAUCUUUUGCCGAUGGGAAGUGUCUCGACAAUGGAUUCAUGCAGUGUUUCAUCCAAUGUGUUAUUCAUGAUGCAAAAAAUCAGCAGACUUCCAUGAGUUCAAACAGUUUGGUUCUUGAUGUUAAUGUUGGGUCAAUACUCAACUUUGAGGAACAGGAACGACACAGUCGCAAUCCUCAACCUUUUGAUGAAUCUGUACUCCACACACUUCUAGACAAUUCAUUGCCUGAGACAGAUGAGUUGGACCAAUACAAAGCGGUAACAAUCCUAUUUCAUAAUCCAAACACAAUUCCUUUUAAAUGUAACAUAUCACAUUGUUAUGCUUUUGUAAGUUACCCUGUUAAUUUUAUGCUUUUUUUACACGGUCAGAUCAUGGUCCCCAUGGUAAGCAGGGGGCAUUGGACAUUGUAUGUUGUCAACAAGGUCAAGAAGUGCAUUCAUAUUUUAGAUUCCAACCCAUAUGGACCAACACUUGGUGGAACUACAUGGAAGGACUAUCAUUUUGCACAUUUGGGCUCAGGUGGCAGAAAGUUACCCUGGGCUAAGGUUAUUAUGAGCAGAUUAAACAAAGCAAUACAACAUGUGCGGCCCAGUUCAUGUUUUCCCAAGUUUGGUAACUUCACAAUUGACUUGUGCCAAAAUUGUCCUAACAUGGUAGCUGGAUCAAAUGACUGUGGUUUUUAUGUCAUGGGUUACAUUCUAUUUUAUCAAUGCGACGAAGGAUCUUUGCGGUCAGACAUAGAAGCAGGCAACACCAGUGAGAUACGGUCUCUUGCGCUGCAUUACAUCACAUUCCACUCGAAGAACAAAGCAUUAUCGCUGCUCCAAGACAUCCAAAGAUUCAAGGUCUAAAGGAUGUAGUUUAGUUUGGUCAUGUAAUAUAUUUUGUAUACAAUGGUUCCCUAAACUCCAGAUCAGUCAUGUGUGUAUAUUAUG